CAAAUUACUGUCUAUCUAGCUAGCUAGCACUCUGUCUAGGAGACGUCCCAAUCGAAGCCUUUGCCAAGCUCUCGCUUGCUUUUCGCUUCUCCGAACCAUGAGCGACCGACCCAAGGGUCCGCUGGGGAUCGACCCGUUGCGCUUUUCGAUCGUGUUGUUUGUCUUUUUGUUUCUCUUUGUCAUUUAUUUACUGCUGCCGCGAGCUCUUCGGAAACAGUACUUUGGGGCCUACCCGAAGCGGCAUGCCUGGUCGGCACGUUCACGGGCACGGCGAUCGGGAGCCGUCUACGGACAGUCGACCAUUGGAGACAACACAGGCUCGUACACGGGUGGUUCUUCGUUGGGAACGGGUACCACUACGGGCAGUCAUCGCGCAAUGCAUAUGGUUGGUCUCGCCGCCACCGCACCACACCGCGCGGAGGAAGAGCACAUUGAUUUUACCACGCCCCCGCACGAUGCGCAACAAAACAAUGACGAAAUCGUCAUUUCCGCCGCCAUGCAGCAACUCCGCGAUCCCGGGGUCCUCAUUGUGGCGCACGGAAGCCGGGGUAAACCCAAAACCGUCCGGCUGCAACUCACGGAAAUGGCCAUUACCUGGCGGACAGAAACCCGUAAAAAGAAGGACGUCAAGCCCAAAAUGGGCAAACUGCAUCAAGUGCCGCUCUCGCACAUAAUGUACGUUGAUGUGGGGAAACAGACUACCGCACUGCGGAGGGUGGAAAACGCGUCGGUGAGCGAAGCUCUGUGUUUUUCGCUCUUGACCAAGGAAGGGUCGUUGGACUUGGAAGCCAAUUCACCACGGGAACGGGACGCAUUGGUAUCGUGCUUUUCCCUCGUGUUGGACGAAGUGCACGCACAAAACUGGAGAGACAUUUACCGCGGUCCUUCCUCAGAUAUGCCCAGCUCCUUUGAUGAAAUGGAUCGCGCACAAGCGGGAAUUUACAACAAUGCCUAG